AUGGCUUCCACAGCCUCAUUCUCUCCGAGCCCUCAAGCUCAAGGAUACACAUGCAGUUCCAGAUGGAGUAAACCUCCGAAGCUUAACCACAAGUUUCUCUUCAGCUCAACCUCCAACAGUCUCUUCUUCAAGCCCUCACACUCUUCCUCCACUCAUUUCCCGCUAAGCCUUAAACCCCCUCCAGAACCUGUUCAUAUCCCCCCGUUGAGAGACUCAAUACAAGACAAUAUCGUUGAAAAUUCGAUGAAUUUUCAGAUACCCAUGAGCGAAUUUCAUCUAAUUACACCUCAGGAAUCGGGCCCGAGGAUUUUUAUCCAAGACCCGCCAUGGAUUGCCUCACUCUUUUUGAAGGGUAUUUACAAAAGAGCCAACCAAGAAUUGAAAUUGGAGUCUAAGGAAAUUGAGAGGAGGAACUAUAAUUUACUUAGGAGGAGGCAGAUAAAGGCCGAGACCGAGGCUUGGGAGAGAAUGGUGGACGAAUAUAAGGAUUUGGAAAAAGUAAUGCGUGAGAAGAAGUUAGCUCCGAAUUUGCCUUAUGUAAAGGCCUUGUUUUUGGGUUGGUUUGAGCCGUUGAGGGAGGCGAUAGCGAGGGAACAGAAGACGCAGCAAACGAAAAAACACAAGGCAGCGUUUGCGCCCCACAUUGAUUUGUUGCCGGCUGACAAGAUGGCGCUUAUUGUUAUGCAUAAGAUGAUGGGGUUGGUUAUGGUGGGGAAUCAAGAUGGGUGUGUUCAAGUUGUUCAAGCUGCUGUUCAUAUUGGCAUGGCCAUAGAGCAGGAGGUCAGGAUCCAUAGUUUCUUGGAGAAAACCAAAAAUCUCCAGAAAAAGAAGACUGGUGUUGCUGAUGAAGAUGGUCUGAGCAAGGAGAAGGAGAUACUCCGGAAACGUGUUAAUGGUUUAAUUAGAAGGAAAAGACUGAAUGAGGUGCAAAAGCUAUUGAUAAAGGAAGAAAUGAAGCCCUGGGGUCGUGAUAAACAGGCUAAGCUCGGAAGCCGUCUGAUAGAAUUAUUAACCGAAACAGCUUAUGUACAACCUCCACUUAGCCAGUUGGCAGAUAGUCCACCUGAUGUUAGACCUGCAUUUAGGCACAGAUUUAAAGCUGUGGCAAAAAGUCCAGGGCAGAAAAUUGUGAAGAACUAUGGAGUUAUAGAAUGCGAUCCCCUGGUUCUUACUGGCCUUGAUAAAACUGCUAAACAUAUGUUAUUCCUUAUGUGCCAAUGUUGGUGCCUCCCAAAAGAUGGAAAGGGUAUGAGAUACAAUAUGUAUGACAAGGGCGGGCAUUUGUUCUUACCUUCUUAUGUCAUGCGUACUCAUGGAUCUAGGAAGCAGGUAGAUGCAAUGAGGAACAUUUCUAGAAACCAGAUGCAGAAAGUAUUUGAGGCCCUUGAUAUGCUUGGAAGCACCAAAUGGAGGGUGAAUAAGAAAGUACUUAGCGUGGUGGAGAGCAUCUGGGCUAGAGGUGGCAACAUUGCGGGCCUGGUUAAUCGUGAAGACGUUCCUGUACCGGAUAAAUCACCAUCUGAGGAUUUAAAAGAAAUUCAGGAAUGGAAAUGGAGUGUCAGAAAAGCAAAGAAGAUUAACCAAGAGAGGCAUUCUCUACGAUGUGACACUGAACUUAAGCUCUCUGUUGCUCGCAAAAUGAAAGAUGAGGAAGGCUUUUAUUAUCCCCACAAUCUUGAUUUCCGAGGCCGAGCAUACCCAAUGCAUCCACAUUUGAAUCAUUUGAGUUCUGAUCUCUGUCGAGGAGUCCUUGAAUUUGCUGAAGGACGACCAUUAGGGAAGUCUGGAUUACGUUGGCUGAAGAUUCAUUUAGCAAACCUGUAUGCUGGCGGUGUUGAAAAGCUUUCAUAUGAGGGGCGACUAGCAUUUGUGGAUAAUCACAUUGAUGAUAUAUUUGAUUCAGCAACAAACCCUGUUAAUGGAAACCGUUGGUGGUUAACAGCUGAAGAUCCUUUACAGUGCCUAGCUGCUUGUAUCAAUCUCUCAGAAGCGUUAAAUAGCCCAUCACCACAUACUGUCAUUUCUCAUUUGCCCAUCCAUCAGGAUGGUUCAUGCAAUGGCUUACAGCACUAUGCAGCCUUGGGAAGAGAUAGCUUGGAAGCAGCUGCAGUCAACUUAGUUGAUGGAGAUAAACCUGCUGAUGUUUACUCAGAAAUUGCUGCGAGGGUACAUGAGAUUAUGAAAAGAGACAGCAAUAAAGACCCAACUACGAGUCCAAACGCUUUAUUGGCCAGAAUCUUAGUCAAUCAGAUUGAUAGGAAAUUGGUGAAGCAGACUGUAAUGACUUCAGUAUAUGGUGUUACUUAUGUUGGGGCACGUGAACAAAUAAAAAGAAGAUUAGAAGAGAAAGGUCUUAUUACCGAUGACAGACUACUGUUCACUGCAGCUUGCUAUGCUGCUAAAGUUACUCUGGCUGCCCUCGGAGAGAUAUUCCAAGCUGCUCGUGGCAUAAUGAGCUGGCUUGGUGAUUGUGCUAAGGUAAUUGCUUCAGAAAAUCAACCUGUGCGUUGGACUACUCCUCUAGGUCUUCCUGUUGUGCAACCCUAUUGUAAAAGUGAAAGGCAUCUUAUAAGAACAUCCCUUCAAGUUUUAGCCUUGCAACGGGAGAGUAGCUCAGUAGAUAUUAGAAAACAAAGAACUGCAUUUCCGCCAAAUUUUGUACACUCACUUGACGGUUCACACAUGAUGAUGACAGCUCUUGCCUGCAGGGACGCUGGCCUACGUUUUGCAGGGGUGCAUGAUUCCUUCUGGACUCAUCCGUGUGAUGUGGACCAAAUGAACGAGAUACUUCGGGAAAAAUUUGUGGAGCUUUAUAGCAUGCCGAUACUUGAAAGUUUGCUUGAAAGUUUCCAAGCAUCAUAUCCAGCAUUGACUUUUCCUCCACUCCCAGAAAGAGGCGACUUUGACUUGCUACAGGUUCUAGAAUCUCCAUACUUUUUCAACUGA